UACUCUAGUGAUGCUCUUCCGAAUGGUAUUGUGUUAGUCGUGAUGCGUUGAAAGUGUUCGCUUAUCAGCGGCUCCUCUCAACUGCUUAUCGUACUUGGCUUGUGCCGAGCCAAACUUUUUUUCAAGAACAGCACUUGAGUACCAUCACAAGGCACCACCAGCGUCCCCGAAAAGCAUGCGUCAUACAAUUCAAACCAGAUGACAGAACGAUACCUGCAGCAGUAAUAAUUCGAUCACACUAAACUCGCCAACCAUGGCACAACCCAACAACCCCCCUGCGCCGACAGCCGCGGCCCCUUCAGCGCCGUCAUCAUCAUCAUCAACAACAUCCCAACCUCAAGAGCCCACGCCCUCGCCGCCCCCAUUCCACGGCACGCCACCGGUGCAGCACAACAUAGCCCUCAUCGCCGCCGUGGUCGGGCCCAUAGGCCUCCUCCUGCCGGGCCGGGGCCGCGGGUCCCUCACGCUGCAGAACGCGAUCCUCGGCGCGGGGUCCUUCUUCGGGCUCAACCAGCUGGCGCACGACUACACGGGCAGGUCGGUGCUGCAGCGGUCGAGCGACCGGUGGGCGGCGCUGCUGCGGCCGUUCGACUCGCCGCUGCCGGACAAGGCGCUCGCCACCCGCCAGCUGAUGGAGGCGGAGCGGGCGCGGCGCGCGGCGGCGCUGCCGACCGAGGGGGGCGAGAGGGCCGCCGCCGAGGCGGAGAUGCGGAGGAGGCAGGAGGCGCAGGAGGCGGCCAGGAGGGGGUUCUUUGAGCGCGUGUGGAUGGGCGGGGAAGGGGCGGGGUGGAAGGAGAGGAGGCGGGAUGAGGAUAAGAAGGCGAUGGAUAGCGGGAAGGGCGUUGGGGAUAUUAUUAUGGAUCAGAUAUGGGAGGUCUGGAAUCAGGGGAAGGGAAAGAAUGGGGAUGCGGAUGAGAAGACGGAUGCUGGGCAGGCUGGCACACGUCCAGACGGCAGUGCAGAGAGUGAGAGGAAACCUUGAGAUGGCACGGCCAGGCCUCGGGUUGCUUCCUCUUUUCGAUUCCGGGUCAGGUUGGGAAUUUGCAAACGGUCUUUGGGAGAAAAGGCAUACAUUGCAUGGAAGGCGAAAGGCUACCUUGAUUCGGGUGUACAAUACUGUACCUACUGUAACACGUAACGGCAAAUACCCCCUCUGUAUUGUGGCAGGAAGCCGUGUACCAACCUCUUUGCCCUAUGCUCUUUUUCAACCACAUGAAUUGGCCCGAGGCUGAUGAAGUUCUUCUUUGUCUUUUACCCACUCAUGCUUCCUCUUUUGGUCCUCGGGAUAUUCACUACCUACCUACCUGCCUAAACUUAGAUGGCCCUUAUUCGGUGUGGCAUGGUCACGUGCUGUCGCAU